ACUGGCAAUGGUGGCCCGCAGAUACGGACUCAGCCAUCAGCCCGGGAACGAAUGCGCUUUUACCAUUCUGCAUGGCAACGGACUCAGUGAUAACAGACUUUUCUAUGUUAUUUGUCCACCAGCUGAAUGCAGGGUAUGGUACAGUGGACUCUACUGGCUCAUCCGUGGGAUAUCUCGUCUAAAUUCUCUCUGUGAUAAACGUUUGCUGUGGUUAAGGGAGCAAUACCUGCAACUGUACCACGAGGAUGGGUACUGUUGCGGACCACUGGCUGCGGAUGCCAUUCGGUCGUUUGGCGGAAGAGAUUGGUCUCUAGCCGGUAACAAACCCGGAAGUAAUCAAUCUGGCGAGACUUCCGGUGCCCUACAUGAGAAGGUAUCAGAUAAAAAACAGAUAUUAAGCAAUCAGGCCUUCAAAGUGAGCAAAAUGAUUAUUACUGAAACUUACGAAUAUAGCAGUACCAAAAUCGGUACAAUACAAUGCCAAGCUUUCACGUGA